AUUUGAUUAGAAAUGUAGCGUCAUUCGCCAUAUUUAUUUUCGAUCAAAAGACACCUGUCCUGUGAGUACCUUUUCCUUUUGAUUAGUAUUUAGUAGCGUCGUUUAACAAUAAUAAGAACGAUAUGUAAUGUUGUCAACAUUGUUAAUGUAAAUUAAGACGUGAAUAUAAUAUUGAUAAAAAAAUUAAUUAAUAAUCAGAAACUUAAAGAAUAAUCUAAAAGAUUAUUCAAGUUAUAAGAACAUCAUAGCAUCAGGGGUGUGUCACAAUGAAGACUCUUCAUACUUUUUUCAUAUUGACCCUUUUAUAUACAGUUAAUAGUCAACGUACACCAACAAUAUCAUAUAUUUCACAAGAGCAAAUUAAAGAUAUUGGUGAUACUGUUGAAUUUCGUUGUUCAGUUCAAUAUGCUCCUGAAUUUCCAGUUGUAUGGACAAAAAUUAAUAAAAAUAUAGCUAAUGAUCAACUACCUCUUUCACAUGGUAGCUCCUUAAUUAUAAGAGAUACUAGAUUUGCCCUUAGAUAUGAUGAUGCUUUAUCUACCUUUAUAUUACAGAUAAAAGAUAUACAAGAGACUGAUGCUGGAUUUUAUCAAUGCAAAAUUUUAAUAUCUUUGAAUAAUUAUGUAUCUGCAAAUGUGGAACUGCAAGUUCGUAGACCACCUAUUAUAAGUGAUAAUUCAACUAGGUCUUUAGUUGUUACUGAGGGACAACCAGUGCAACUUGAAUGUUAUGCUGGUGGUUUUCCCACACCUAGAAUUUCAUGGAGAAGAGAAAACAAUGCAAUUUUACCAACUGGAGGAUCAAUUUACCGUGGUAAUACAUUGAAAAUUUCUACAAUUCGUAAAGAAGAUCGUGGAACAUAUUAUUGUGUAGCUGAAAAUGGAGUAGGACGUGGAGCUAGACGAAAUAUUAAUGUAGAAGUUGAAUUUGCACCUGUGAUCACUGCACCUAGACCAAGACUUGGUCAAGCUUUACAAUAUGACAUGGAUUUAGAAUGUCAUGUAGAAGCUUAUCCUCCACCAGCUAUUGUUUGGUUGAAGGAUGAUAUUCAACUAUCGAAUAAUCAGCAUUAUAGCAUAUCACAUUUUGCAACUGCAGAUCAAUAUACAGAUACAACAAUUAGAGUGAUCACAAUUGAAAAAAGACAGUAUGGAGAAUAUGUAUGCAGAGCUGCUAAUAAAUUAGGAACUGCAGAAACGAAAGUUGAAUUAUUUGAAACUACUGUCCCUGUGUGUCCACCAGCAUGUGGCCAAGCUCUUUAUUAUGGGACUGGAGUAACACAAGUUUCUUCAGGAUCUUUGGUAGUCUUAGUUUUAUUUAUUACAAUUAUUCUAAGAAAUAUCCACGCCAAAUAUUAAUUAUCCUGGACUUCAAUGGGCGGCAGCAAGUCAAUGCAACUUAUCAAAAUGGUUGCUGAUAGUACUAUGGUUCACUAUUCUUAAUACACAUUAGAAAUAUUACUAAUAUCUUUAGGAGCCUAAUUUGUUUUUAACUUUUAUUAGAUGAUUAUUUUUGUAGUUAUUUACAAAUGAAAUUGAAUCAUUAUUAGCGAAUAUAAUACAAGUUUUAGGGGCCAACAAUAUAAUAAAUGUUGGCAAGGUACAAACUAACAUUCCAGAAAAAUAUAUAGUGAUACAUAGUGAAAAAAAAGUAAUGAUAUUAUUAAUAGUUUAAAAUUUAUAGAUUAUAUUAGUCCUUUUUCAUAUGUCAGUACAACUGAUAAACACAAAGAAGUGAUUGAUAAUAAUGUUAUGAAUAUAUCAGCCUUUAACAUAGUUUGUAGUAGGAAUUCGAAAAUAUGUUCAUACAAUUUAACACAUUCGAGAUUAAUAUAUUUUAAUAAAACUUCUAAUGAAUAAUUUUUUUAUAUUUAUAAUAA